AUAGUGAAGCAAUAUAAGCCUUUGCUCCCCAUUUUUCGCCAAUUGCAGAAUCAGAAGUGAAAUUUGAUUCACUGCUGAAAGUGUAGAGACUUGUUUCUGAACUCGUUCAAGGCUGAUCUACCCACGAUCUGCGCGACCUUCUCCCAUCAGCCAUGAAUUUGUGCCCUGCUGUGAAGAACAUUCUCCUUCUUGAUUCAGAAGGGAACCGUGUCGCAAGCAAGUUCUUUACAGAUGACUGGCCAACUAAUAAAGCAAAAGAAGCUUUUGAGAAGGCUGUAUUCACCAAGACUCAGAAGACAAAUGCCCGAACUGAAGCUGAGAUAACUAUGUUCGAGGACAACAUCAUUGUGUACAAGUUUGUUCAGGACCUGCACUUUUUUGUUACUGGGGGUGAAGAUGAAAAUGAAAUGAUCUUGGCCACUGUUCUUCAGGGAUUCUUUGAUGCUGUUGCUAUUCUACUCAGGGACAAUGUUGACAAGAGGGAGGCGCUCGAGAAUCUGGACCUCAUUUUGUUAUGCAUUGAUGAAAUUGUUGAUGGCGGCAUUAUUCUGGAAACUGAUGCAAGCAGCAUUGCAAGUAAAGUUUCAACCAACAGUAUUGAUUCUGCAGCACCACUAUCUGAGCAGACUCUAAGUCAAGCAUUGACAACUGCGCGCGAGCAUUUUGUGAGAUCCCUUUUACAGUGAUGAUAAGGCUUCUAGUUGAAAAUAUUGAACGGAGGUAGACAGAUAAUUGACUCCGGAUUAUGCUGCAUGAGACUUGAUAUGAUUUAGUUCCAACAGUUUCGCAAGAUGUUGCUUUUUUCGUGUUCUCUUGUCGAUUGUAUUCACUUCACGAUGGCAUCCAGAUUCCGGCCCUUGACUGCUUGCUAGACAUUAUUAUAUAAGAAUUGCGCGACUCAUGCUUUGUUUCUGUUAA